AUGAAUCGCUCUUGUGUAAACUUCUUGAAAACGAUGGUGAUCAAUCUCAACUUUCUGUGCUGGCUUUGUGGUGCAUUUGUGGUGGCUUUCGGGGAGUUCCAGAUGAUACACUCCAGGUAUGCCUCCCUCAUCACCACCUUCUGGCCCAUCUACCCCGCCAACACUCUGGUGGUCACUGGAACCAUCGUCAUGUGUGUGUGUUACAUAGGAGUGUUAGGGGGCAUGAGGGAGAAUCGCUGCAUGCUGAUCAGUUUCUUCCUUCUGUUGGUCAUCCUGAUGCUGGUGGAGCUGGCCAUGGCUCUGGUGUUCCUGGUCUACAGCAGAGAGAUUGACUCGUACUUUGAGAAAGACCUGAUGCAAAGCUUGGAGAUCUACAGACAGUCCAGUCCAGAAGGCAACAAAACCAUUAAAGAUGACUUUGAUGCUGUUCAGCACCUGUUUAGGUGCUGUGGAGUUCAUGGUGAGGCGGACUGGAAAGGUAACGUCCCGGUCUCCUGUUGUACCAAGGACCCAUGUAGCGUCCGCUUUCAAACCAACUGGAAAGAGGGAUGUGUGGAUAAACUGAAGAACUGGUUUGCCCAUAACUACCUGAGCACAGGUGCGGGUGUUAUUACCAUGUUUAUCAUACAGGUUAUCUGUCUGUCCAUCACCAUCCCCCUGUUUUGCCACUUUAAGAGGCGUGGGCUUGGAUACCAGUGA